GAGUUGGGGCGGGACCGGACGGGAAGAGUAGGGGCCCGGACGCUGCAGCAGGCGGGGCAACCCGACUGGCGGCUUCGCUGGCGCAAGGUUGGGCCGGCGGCCAGGGACCUGGAAGGCUGCGAGGCCCUGCGAGGUCGAGGUUCGGAGUUUGCUGGUCCCAGGCCCGGCCCGAGGUAAGAAAGAGCCGCCUCCCCGCACGGCCGGAGGACCCGGGCGCCCCGAGUUCGACUUCUCAACCUCCGUCCGGAUCGGGAAACGGAGCACGGAGAUGUUCCUGAGGUCUCUUCCCUGGAAAGCGCAGCCCCGAUUUCCCGCCCCUGUCCCUUAGCAGGUCGGCGACCUUCCGAGCGCUGGGCAUAGGCCCACGCGUACAGAAGGCGCUCAAUAAAUGCUCACUAGUGAAUCAGUAAAAUAAAUCGGCGGCAAAGAGAGACGAGACGCAUGCUGAUCUUCAGGUGUUGGGGACACCAGGGACGCGAACAUUUAUUGAGCUCUUAUUGUAUACCCCGUCGGCCAGCAUUUGUGUCCAUUUCACACAUGAGGAAUAAGAGGCUCAGAGAGGUGAAGUGACUUCCUUAAGGCCACACAGAUAGUAAGUGGCCGAGACGAAUUUGAAACCAGGGGUGUCGUGUUUCAACUUGGUGCCAAAUAGAGUAACUCGGACUCCAGUUGGAGGGGUUCGGGAGAACCACAGAAGAGGAAGGGCCGUGUCUUCCGUGGACAGGCCACCGGAGCCGCCAGCUGUUUGGAACUGAGCUACUGCAGAAAGGGAAGUGGAGAGUGAGGGCCAGGCCCCGUGGGGACAGAUGGCCGGCAGAUGGCUGGAUCUGCACUGGGCACUGAGUGUGCUUUGUGUGCUGCUAAUGGCGGAGACAGUGUCUGGGGCUAGGGGCCCGUCUACAGGGGCUCACAUUAGCCCCCAGUUUCCAGCUUCAGGUGUGAACCAGACCCCUGUGGUAGACUGUCGCAAGGUGUGUGGCCUGAAUGUCUCUGACCGCUGUGACUUCAUCCGGACCAACCCUGACUGCCACAGUGAUGGGGGGUACCUGGACUACCUGGAAGGCAUCUUCUGCCACUUCCCUCCCAGCCUUCUCCCUCUGGCUGUCACUCUCUACGUUUCCUGGCUGCUCUACCUGUUUCUGAUUCUGGGAGUCACCGCAGCCAAGUUUUUCUGCCCCAACUUGUCGGCCAUUUCCACCACACUCAAGCUCUCCCACAACGUGGCAGGCGUCACCUUCCUGGCAUUUGGGAAUGGUGCACCUGACAUCUUCAGUGCCCUGGUGGCCUUCUCCGACCCGCACACAGCCGGCCUGGCCCUUGGGGCACUGUUUGGCGCUGGCGUGCUGGUUACCACGGUGGUGGCUGGAGGCAUCACCAUCCUACACCCCUUCAUGGCUGCCUCCAGGCCCUUCUUCAGGGACAUCGUUUUCUACAUGGUGGCUGUAUUCCUGACCUUCCUCAUGCUCUUCCGGGGCAGGGUCACGCUGGCGUGGGCUCUGGGUUACCUGGGCUUGUAUGUGUUCUAUGUGGUCACUGUGAUUCUCUGCACCUGGAUCUACCGAUGGCAGCGGAGAGGAUCUCUGUUCUACCCCAUACCAGUUACUCCAGAGAUCCUCUCAGACUCUGAGGAGGACCGGGCAUCUUCUAAUACCAACAGCUAUGACUACGGUGACGAGUACCGGCCGCUGGUCUUCUACCAGGAGACGACGGCUCAGAUCCUGGUCCGGGCCCUCAAUCCCCUGGAUUACAUGAAGUGGAGAAGGAAAUCAGCAUACUGGAAAGCCCUCAAGGUGUUCAAGCUGCCUGUGGAGUUCCUGCUGCUCCUCACAGUCCCCGUCGUGGACCCGGACACGGAUGACCGGAACUGGAAACGGCCCCUCAAUUGUCUGCAUCUGGUGAUCAGCCCCCUGGUUGUGGUCCUGACCCUGCAGUCGGGGACCUACGGUGUCUAUGAGAUAGGUGGCCUCGUUCCCGUCUGGGUCGUGGUGGUGAUCGCAGGCACAGCCUUGGCUUCAGUGACCUUUUUUGCCACAUCUGACAGCCAGCCCCCCAGGCUUCACUGGAGUCUCACGCAGUCGCCCAGGCUAGAGUACACUGGCACGAUCCAGGCUCACUGCAACUUCUGCCUCCCGGGUUCAAGAGCUUCUCCCACCUCAGCCUCUCGAGUAGCUGGGAUUACAGCUCUUUGCUUUCCUGGGCUUUCUGACCAGCGCCCUGUGGAUCAACGCGGCCGCCACAGAGGUGGUGAACAUCUUGCGGUCCCUGGGCGUUGUCUUCCGCCUGAGCAACACAGUGCUGGGGCUCACGCUGCUGGCCUGGGGGAACAGCAUUGGAGGCCCCUCUUGUUCCUGCUCAGAUGCCUUCUCGGAUUUCACGCUGGCUCGCCAGGGCUACCCGCGGAUGGCAUUCUCCGCCUGCUUUGGUGGCAUCAUCUUCAACAUCCUCGUGGGCGUGGGGCUGGGCUGCCUGCUCCAGAUCUCCCGGAGCCACACAGAGGUGAAGCUGGAGCCAGACGGACUGCUGGUGUGGGUCCUGGCAGGCGCCCUGGGGCUCAGCCUCGUCUUCUCCCUGGUCUCGGUCCCAUUGCAGUGCUUCCAGCUCAGCAGAGUCUACGGCUUCUGCCUGCUCCUCUUCUACCUGAACUUCCUUGUUGUGGCCCUCCUCACUGAAUUUGGAGUGAUUCACCUGAAAAGCAUGUGACUGAAGCCGCUUAGUGCUGCGGCCUGACUGCAGGCAGGAGCCCUGCCUCUCCUGCCGGGGGAAGCCCAGGGACCGGAGCAUUUCUGCAAGGCCUCUGUGGGCACGAGUUUGUGGCCCUCGCUGCUGGAGAUCUGAGGUCACUGCUGGAGAUCUGUGAGCUGGGAGAACUGCUCUGUACCUCUUGCUGCCAGCACCCAACAGCUUUGCCAUGGGGACCUUAGAAACUGGGCUUUGCUCUGGACAAAGGGUUCCAGAGAGAAGCUAAAAGGCCCCCUUGAAUGACCCCCAGAGCCCCUCUGAGAAGGGCUGGAGUUUGGGGGAAGGGGAUGGCUGGGUGUGUUCCAGGCCAUGCUGGAGGUACCCCCGAGACACAGGCACUGCCCGUUCCCCUUGCCUGGGCUUCAGGCCUUCUGGCACCUUCUCAGGGCACAAGUGGCUGCCCAACCCUGACUCAGAGAACGAGGGUGGCUUGGACCCCUGGGAAUCAGGCCGCCGAGGGCUGAGCUCCAGAGCUGCACCAUCUGCCAGAAACAGAAUUCGAGACAUACUUAAUUUUGAAUUUCUCCUUGCCACGUUAGUAAAGCCAAAAGCAGCGGGUGCCAUUCGUGGCAAUACACUUCACUGAACCCACUUGCUCCCAAAACGACGCCAGCCCGAGGCACUGCUACACCAGCAGCUGCCACAAGGGAUGGUGGCUCAGGCACUCCCUCCAGGAUUCUGCCCCUGACUGUCCACAAACUCCUUUGUGCUGGAACCUGGGCUCCUCCAGCUGCCAAGCAGGAGUCGGUAGGACUGUGCCUGUGCCUCCCUCGGGGGGGCCCUGGGUGGGGUUCCAAGGCCUGCGAGCUGGGAAAGGACAGAUGAGGGGAACUCGUGCCUUCUUGCUGUCAUGCAGUGACCCCGCCUUAUGUUGCCGAAAUAAGCAACUCUUGGGUUUGCCUGACUGCCUUAUGCUGGUAAAGAAAAGGGAUUCAACUCUCUUUUCCAAAUAAAAAAAAAAAUUCAAAAUU